CCAUGAUUUCUGUUGGUAUUUUCAAUGGCGCCAGGCCAACCGAGGCUAGAAGACGUCUUCCUCGAUACCGUCUCUUCGCUCUUGUUGUGGGUAUCUGCCUUGCUGUAAUCACUGGCUCCCACUCCUCCCACAGCUCGCAUGACCAACAGUCAUCCGACGUGCAAAAACGAAGCCUUUUCGACGUUCCACGUGGACUCAACGACUCGCUUGUUUCUCGUGCAGCUGACGCAGCAAUAUGGGAUCAGAAGGUUAGAAGUGGAAAGGGUAAGCGGUUCGAAACGAGAGCUUUCUCCAUCCCAUCUGCUGAUGACGAGAACAGGUAUCUGGUGCAAGAUGAACAGUGAUGACGUGAAACCCGGGACCGUGACGCUGGAGGAACUCGUGUCGAUUGGAUGGGACGAAGAUGACGACGAAGACCUACCGGCAGGCUGGCGCCUGCCAUUAGGGAGGGCCGAUAGUCUGUUGAACACUGCUAACGAGGUCCCUCGGAUAUGGUACCAUGUAGAGUACUGGACGGGCGAUGAUGGUAGGGUCAGAACGCCCACCACAGCUUCGAUGGGCAACAUCGUUAACGGAGAUGAUGGUUACAUAAUCGCCGGUGACAAUUUUGGGCCCGCGGCAGCUUCGAAAGGCUUGGACGUGCCGGACUGGAUGUGGCCGACUACAAAAUGGACCGACAUCAUGGCAGUAAUGUGGGACCAGUACGCGGCCGGCAAAGACCUCAAGCGCGUAUACCGAUCCGGUGUCGCCACACCCCAGACGAAAGACCUCGUGGAAUCGGCCUUGUUGAAGGUCAACAGGCUGCCGAGCGGUGACUUGGAUGACUUGGCGCAGUGGCCUGGCGUUGAUUUCGUGCCGGGAGACGACCCCUUGAAUGAGCCAUUGACGCCUCAAGCGGAGGCUUUCUUCGGCUUGCUUGGAAGCUCCCAUGCCGCUGGUCCUGCGUACUUGGGCGUUUACUACCGGGCCAUCUUUGGCAAGAAAAGGAUUAACAGGAUCAAGAUUUGGCGAUCUCCGACCAAGCCGGCACCGAACAUGCUGCUCUACAUGGGAGACCUUUGAUGGAGAGGGAAUCUUAAACGAGUUCGAGUUGUAUUAGAUUGGCUCUACAAAUCUGUCGAUCUCAUAGAGUCUACUCGAUAUUAUCAAGCGUACUACUAGAUCCCCUCUACUUUAACCAACUCUUGCU